UUCAAUGCAUUGGCCUAUUAAGAUUAAUGUCCAAAAAAAGUCGUAACAAAAGAACAUAUGUAUUCUCAUACAUAUUUUCACCCAUAGCUCAAGCUUCGCUUCUGAGCCUGGGAUGGGCAUCAGACAAUUCAGGAGUGAUCACACCUCCCUCUCUCCCUUAAAUACCCCAAUGGUUCUAUGGUAUUUUAUACAACUUAAAGAAGAUCAUCUCAAUUUACAAAUCUUUUUUGUAUGUAUGUUAUUAUGCAAUAUCUUCACCAAUUCUGAAUCGAUUCAUUUAUUUUUAUUCUUAUUUAUUUUUAUUCUUGUAUUGGUCCGAUCUUAGAUUUUUAUUUUUGGUGCAAAGCCGCUGUUCUUCAUAGAAUAAAUACCAAUGUAACAUAUUAAAAAAAAUUUGUUAGUUACUAACUAAAUUAGAUAAUAGAGUAAAUUUGAUCUGAUGAAUUACAAGUUAUAUAAAAGUAAAAAAAAUGCCUGCAAAUUAAUUCUUACAUGACUAAGAUAUAAAUAUGAACAGCCCGCAAACGCAGUCGCGGGCACAGCUAGUAACUAUUUUUUAUUUGUAUAUAAAAGUAAUAAAAGGUUUAUAACCCCUGACAUAACGGCUGAGAUCUCGCCCGGCUCGAGUCACAUGUCACAGCACAGUUCACACGUCACAUAAACAUGCCAUCAGGCGCGCACACCACGUAAACAUGUUUAUAACGUUACUCCUCAUAUCCCAAGUCCAAUGCGAAUGGGUGCAGAUAUCACAGCAACAUUACAGGAAGCUGUACAAACCGACACACAACCCUCAGCUCAUGGACAGAGGAAGUGAAGUGUAUGAAGGUGCUUACGUCAACCAAUCACUAACACAUACGUGGAAUAAAGGUACUGUCGACAAAGUACCGCACAAGGGAACGGUGAGUCGUGUUCAACCUAGUGUAAUGGAAGCAGCUAUGAAACCCAUUCAAAGUGAUAUAACUUCUGCUCCUAAUAUUGAAUUAAUAAAUCGACAUUAUGAUCCAGAUAAGGGCCCAAGUGAGAUGUUCGAAACUAUAAAGGAUGGCGAUAAAAAUAAGUAUGAAUUAAAAAAAGUAGUGUUUAAAACAGAAGAUACAUUACAAUUUGUGAGCAGCACUGAAGAAAAUGAAUCUAACACACACAAAAACAGACCUGCAACGACACAUCAAAUUAUACGACCACAAAUUUAUGGUGAUAGAUUCGACGAUUAUGAUCCUAGUGCGACUAAACCAAAUUUAAAUGAUCAAGACGAUUACAAAGAUUAUUUUCAUAAAUUAAUAUCAACUGUUGGUGAUGAUAAAGUACCAAAAUAUGACAGAAGCACUAUACGAUCACCUAUAGAUGAUACGUCUACGCUUAGCAGUGAUAAUAGUAAUGACAAAUUUAUAAAUUUUGCAAACAAAGCUAUUGGGGAUGAACCCGAUUUAGAAAAUACGCAAUCUCAGAACAACGAUCAAUUAUCAGAAAUUUCAUUACGUAGAACGCGAUACAGAAACCGUUUAUAUCUAACGAGUAGCACCGAGAAAGUUGAAGGUAACAAAUGGAAAGAAAAUUUUAAAAAUGGUGAUGAAAAUAAUGUAUUAAAUAAUAAAUUGACACACGUAAAAGAAAAAGGCCCACUGAAAGCAGAAUUUGUUACAAAAGAAGAAGAGGACACGGAAUCAGAAACGACUGCACAAACCACGUACGAAAUAAACACUGAAGCACACUUUAAAAACUCUUAUGAAAAUUAUUUAAAUGAGAAUAUGAAUAUUUUAAAUGAUCCUCCAAAGGAAAAUGGACCGCUGGCAAACGAAAAAAAAUUAGAUAAAAUGGGAAAUGUUCUGAAAUUUAUGAAAAUCGUUGCCGAAACUAUAUCGAAGAACUCGCAUAGAAGCGUGGACGGUAAAAUCAAAUACUUGGAAAACCUGAAAGAUACAAUUUUAGCGAAUAUUGAAUAUCGCCUAGAUAAAUUGUGGCCAGACGACGCGGCUGCCCCGCGGAACACCGCGAGGCGGAGGACGCGCGCGGCUCAGGGAGAAGCGCGCGGCCACCACGUCGAGAUCCCGUCGGCCGAGAGCGCGCUCAUGACCAUAUCGUUCCUCACUUUCGCUGUGUACCUCAUCAAAUUAGUGCUGCAAGUGAUCCAGACUUACAAGAAUAAGACAAUGAUGGUGGCCCCCGCGGUGGUGGCGACGGUCGGCCGAGCUGCCGGCACCAUCUUCACUCGACAACACUCCGGCCACUAACAUAAUUAAUUUAACUUAAUUCCGUUAAUAAAAGACGUAAUAAGACAGAAAACAUUUCUAAGUACUUACGAGGUAUUAUUAUUUUAUUUAUAGUACCUAACUAUCCACU